AUGCCGCUGCGCAAUAUCCUUCACAAGAAGGACAAGAUCAACGACUCAGGCAGUCAGUAUCCGCCGGAUGGACCCUCAAAUGCUGUUCCCGAGAUUAAAUUCAUUCGGUCCGAUACAAUUUCGCAUGAGGUUAUUGACCCAUCGAGCUUUGGCGGUGACGUCAGUGAGCACAAAGGCGAUCAUGGUCAAUCAGAUCUCCUAGAACCGUCGCGACCAUCUUCCUCGACACAUCGAAGAUCAUUGAACAUAUUCAGUCGCUCGAGGUCCCCGUCUGAGUCUUCAGAACCAGCUUCGCCGAGUCGACCGCGCGGGGAACACCGGCUAUCGCAAUUGCUGCAUCGCGAUCGGGGCUCACGGAGUGCUAGCUCGAGCUCAGUCAAUAUCCCGUCCGAUCUUCCACAGAUCUCGGACGAUAAAGUCGACGAGCAAGAAAGGGAAGCACAAUGGGAGAAGCGCGCGACGAUUCUGGCGCAACAAAGCCCGCUUUUUGGAUCGCCGGCAGCAUCGCUUCGUUCUUCGCCGAAUAGGCUUGAGACGAAUAGUGCCGGAGGAGCGCGGUCAAGGAGUUCCAGUCAUAGUCAGAUCAAUGAUCCAGAAGGCGACUAUGGAGGGUUUACAAAGGUCUACUUGUUUUCUCUGUUUUUGAAGUGUCUGACUUUGAAUCGCUCUCCUAGACAUGGUUGGGGCUGCCCUCAAGAUCCCGACAAGGCCGUGACAUAUCUCUCGUACGCAGCGGCGAAUUCCGCAUCAAUAGAGUCUCAAGCACUCCAGGCAGGUAUGAAAAAGGGAGGCGCUGCCAAAGGAGAGCUUGUACUAGCCAUUUUCGAACUGGGAAAUUGCUAUCGGAAUGGCUGGGGCGUCAAAAAAGACCCGGUAGCUGCCCGACAGUACUUUGAGACAGCGGCCAACCUAGGCGAUACAGAUGCGAUGAACGAAGUCGCAUGGUGCUAUCUUGAAGGCUUUGGGGGCAAAAAGGACAAGGUACGCUAUUACUUGACUCCCAACUGCCCGUCCGGGAGAGCUCGGUGA